GAAUUCAUAAGUUUCAAAGAAGUUCAUACUACAGAAAAACAAAGUAUACGUAAGGUCAGGAAGGAUUCAACAGGAAAGCUUAAAAGUUAAAACCAAAAAAAAAAGGUUUAGUUCAAACUAAUAUAUUACAACUCUAAAUAUUAGACCACCUCCAUCGGAACUUCUUAAAUGAGGUUCCAAACAAAAAAAUGAAAAAAAAUAAAUGAAAAAGGAAGAAAAAUGAGAGGACCGCUGCUUAAAGUGGGACUUUAAGGAUUGAUAGGAACCCUUACGUGUCACUUUCCUAUUUCACGGCCUCUCUCCUUCGUCGGGGUCUCAUGCAAAAAUCUCAUUUUUUCUCUUCCUCCUCCAAGUUUGAUCUCUCCAUCUUCUCUGUCAAUUCUCUGUCAAAUUUUUCUUAUAUAAUAGUUUUUGUUCGUUUGAGUCGAGAGUGUUCGAUUUCCUUGUUUGAUUCGUUUGAUUCCUCUGUAGAGGAUCUUGAACGUUCGUUUGAUUCAAUCAUAACUCUUCUCCCCUCUCCCUUCCAUGGUGGGUCACUUCGUAAAAGGGAAAGCUUUUAUGUUUAUUUGAUUUGAGUCACUUCGAUCUACAUCUGGAUUUUGCAAGAAAAUGAGAAAACAUGGAUGGCAACUUCCUUACCAUCCACUUCAGGUGGUGGCAGUUGCUGUGUUCUUGGCUCUUGGGUUUGCUUUCUUCGUCUUCUUUGCUCCUUUUGUUGGCAACAAGAUUCAUCAGUACAUUGCCAUGAGCAUUUACACUCCUCUGUUCCAUUGGUUCCACAGUCUAACAUGUCUAGUUAGAUACCGAUCUGGUCCUAUGAAGAGCUUAGGAGCCUCACUUAUUUAUAAAAAAAAUGGUGAAUAUGCUCUAGAUACUUCUUGAUUCCGAGACAAUUUUGGGUCUGUGGUUGUAACUUCAGUUCAAAUUUGUGGAUAUGCUAUCUCCUCUUUUAACUUGAUCCAUCAUUUUAGAGAUAACAGUAGUCUGUCACUGAAGCAUUCCCCCUUCUUGAGUCUGUCAUCUUACUUUCAGCUCUUAUGUAAAACAUUGAGUCUUUGAAAAUUGUGUUUUACUUUUUCCCUUCUUUGGAUGAGUUGGUACUUUCAGAGAUUUACUUGAAGUCAGUGGCAUUUUCUUUCUAGAUUACAUUGCGGCGUCAGAUCCUGCAGACCGUGGAGUUUUUCGGUCAAAGAAGUACCUGAAAGUUCCUGAAAACGGGAAACUUCCUCAAUCAAAAGAUACAAAGGAUGGCUGUGGAUCAACUAAAUCUCAUAACAGCAUGUGUACAUGAUCAAGAAAAUAGAACUCAUAAGAAACUGGACUCAUCACAAAGAUCGUCUCUCCUGCGUCUGCUUUGCUCUCCUUGUGCAAUGUGGUUGAUCACAAAAAAAAAUUAUGUUCUUUCAUAUUAUGAAAUCCAAUCAUUCUACUUUAAAAAAAAAAAAAUUAAGAACCUCAAUGAGGUUCUACCAUUGGACAAGGAAAAAUUAAAUUAGAUUAACAAAG